GGCCUGGGGGGUGGAGAGCCCUGUCUAUUGAUGACCUCACGGGGGCCGUGCGGCGGCCGCGCGGCACGCUGGAGCCGCUGAUUGGACGCCCGUGUCACAGCGCCACUUCAAAGCCGGAGAGGAGCCGCGGGACCGUGGAAGAAUGGGCGGAACGCAUCAUUGUAUUGCUCACCUCUAAAAAAAGAAGAAGAAAAGAAAAGGGAAGAAAAGAAAAAAAAACGCUGCUCGGAUUCAUAAAUAUAAAAAGAUCCUCUAGAGGAGGGCUGUGGGUUUUUUUUGUGUGUGAUGGCAACUUCACUUCUAGGGGUGAGUCUCCGAAAAGGACUUUCUUACUGCUUCAAUUAGUUCUUGUCAUUGGCUGCUCCUCUCCUGCUUGGGGAUUACACUUUCAAAUCUGGGGGCAAAGUUACAGCAAAGGCAGUGCUUGGCUUCUAUUUUCGGUAGAUGGGAAUAAAGUUGUGUCUGGUGCGCUUCUCUUGUUUGUAAAAGUUUGUCCAGGAGGAGCCGAGGUUGGGAUCGACUCCUUUAGCCAUGUUGGCUGCAACAUGUAACAAAAUAGGGAGUCCGAGCCCUUCGCCUUCCACCAUUUCGGAUAAUUCCUCCUCUUUCGGGAAAGGCUUCCACCCAUGGAAGAGAGCCGCCGCCAGCAGUUGCAGUCUGGGCUCCGGCCUGUCCGGCUUCGGGGUGUCCCGCAACGGCUCGGCCAUCUCGGACUCGUUCUCCUCCAACGGCUCCACGGGCUCCAGCGCCUUCUCCCUCACGUCCGGCGCCUCACCCGGCUCCCACUUUGGAAACGACUACUCCGUGUUCCAAGCGUCCGUGUCGAACGGCUCGCAGGAGUCGAGCCACCAGCCGAUGUUCAUCUCCAAAGUGCACACGUCCGUGGACAGCCUGCAGGGCAUCUACCCGAGGAUGAGCGUGGCGCACCCGUACGAGUCGUGGUUCAAGUCGUCUCAUCCCGGCAUCCCCGCGGGAGAGGUGGGGACCACAGGGGCAUCCGCGUGGUGGGACGUGGGAGCCGGCUGGAUUGACGUUCAGAACCCCAACGGAGCAGCACUACAGACGUCGUUACAUUCCGGUGGACUGCAGACGUCCUUGCACUCUCCCCUGGGCGGAUAUAAUUCUGAAUAUUCCACUUUAAGUCACUCAGCCUUCAGUACUAACCCCUCUCCGCACCUGUUGUCCACCGGCCAGCACCUGAUGGACGGCUUCAAACCGGUGCUCUCCUCGUACCCGGACACAACCCCAUCUCCGUUAACCGGUGCGGGGGGUGCCAUGCUCUCAGGGGGUCCGCCCGCCUCCUUAGCGGCGUCCCCGAGGUCAUCGGCGCGGCGCUACUCGGGCAGAGCCACCUGCGACUGUCCCAACUGUCAGGAGGCAGAGAGACUGGGACCGGCUGGCGCCAGCCUCCGGAGGAAAGGCCUCCACAGUUGUCAUAUCCCCGGCUGCGGGAAGGUUUACGGGAAAACGUCCCACCUCAAAGCGCACUUGCGCUGGCACACCGGCGAGCGACCGUUUGUGUGCAACUGGCUCUUUUGCGGAAAGCGCUUCACGCGCUCCGACGAGCUCCAGCGACACUUACGCACGCACACUGGGGAGAAAAGGUUCGCCUGCCCGGUGUGCAACAAGAGGUUUAUGCGAAGCGACCACCUGAGUAAGCACGUCAAGACUCACAGCGCCGGUGGGUCGGCCGGUUCGGGCUCUGGAGGCAGCGGGGGUAAGAGGGGCAGCGAUACCGAUAGCGAGCACAGCGCACCGGGGAGCCCCCCGUGCCACUCCCCGGACCUGUUGCACCCGGCCGAGGCGAGACAGGGUGUGGUGGGCAUGAAUGGCCUCUAACUCGGCUUGAUUGUCGUUUAAAGUGUGUGAACCACAAGAAAGUGUCGGGAAAUGUUCUGCAGAGACAUGACAGUGGCGGACAUUACUGUACGUACUGUGUGCGUAAUGCUCCAUCACGGGUGUCGUUGAGAAUGUGAAAAUAUUGGCUUAGACGUUUCUCAUACGUGAGUAUGUGCACAAAGUUCCACCGUCUGGCCUUUGGAAUUAUCUCGGACUUGAAGAUGAUACAAUACUUUGGUGGAUGUUUCAUAAAAAAAGGCCAACAUAUUUCUUGAAUUAUCCUCUACUUUGGUGCACAUGUACCAUCGCAACUGUCAUGAAUAAAAUAGGCCUAUACAUUUCCCAAUAGUGACAUGCUAGGCAAUAUACUUUGGCGUAUCCACAAUAUAUUUAUUAAGAUAAUGAGCUAUAGUGUAUUUCUCCAUAAUCCAUUUUUAAAGACAGUGGAUAACAUUUAGUGUAUGCAUAAAACUCCAUCUAAUUUAAAAUCAACCCAAAACAUUUUUACAAAAGGGCAUUCAAGUGUAUUUAUACUAAGGUAUAUGCACAAUAAUGAAUUUCUUUUUUAAGAGAAUAAGCCUAUACAUUUUUUUGUAUGCAAAAAUUACAAUAAACAAUGUUGAAAGAAUGGGCAUACAUAUUUUUCUUUUGAAACAUAAACGUGUAACCUAACACACAACGAUCAUGUAUUAAGAAAAUAGGAAUUCACUCUUUUUCCUGUUGGAAAAUUAAUGUGUAUACACUCAUGUAUCCACAACGAUCCAUUGCAUUUGUAUUGCGAAAAUAGGCCCCUACGUUUAUUUUUUGGGGGGGUGCUGACUUCCGCACAACGCUCCAUAAUAAGUGUAUUUUAUCGUUAAAUUAGGUCUGUACACUAAUAAUUGAGUACAUGAUACUUAAGCGUUCAAAAGUCCAUGUCAUUAAUUGGGGAAAAUAUAGGCCUAGAUGCAUUAUUGAAGAAAAAAAACGUGACAGUGAAGAUACAGUGCAAUGCUCCAUCAUGCGUGUCAUUUAUUUGGGGGGAAAAAACAAUACAUUUCUUUUUAAACUGACAUGUUGCUGUUCUAAUAGAAAUAUCCCCGUGUAAAAGUGGAGGGGAAAGUUUGGUUCACGCCUUAUUGUGCAUUUUUUGGAGGGGUUGCAAAAAGUUGUGCUGUCAUACAUUUUGUUCACGGGCAAACUCUGGCACUUUAUAUAAUUGAGAAGGAGAGAUUAACAUAGCUCGGUGUGGAAUAAAAGGAAUAUAAUUAUGGGGUGGUUUUGUUAUAUCUGACCAUCACACACACAAAACACACACACACUCCCAACACACACACACACACACACACACACACACACAGUUUGUGUCCAAUCCACAUGUGCGUCAAGGCAAGUUUGCAGUUGAGGAGGUCGAUCGUGUGACUGCAAAAUGUCUGUAAAUAUUGAACCAUGUAGGUUAGAAUAUAUACGCCCAUGUCAAAGGUGAGUAAUGUAUUUGUCCAGGAGACGAUUUUGUAUAGCUAUUUCUAGUUGUAUAUGGACUCUAGUAAAUAUUUGAAAAUAUACGGAGAUGUACUUUGGAUUUUUUUGCUUUGACAUGUUAUGAAAUGUAUUGUGGGGAGUUCUAUUUAACCACGACCUUUCUUGUAUUUAGGGGUUUAUAUGAUUAGGCGCACUUUUGAAUUUAUUUGUAAGGUUUGGAAAUGAGUUACAGAUUACCCAGUCUUGUUUUUUUUAUUUUUUUUUAUUUAAGUAAGCAUGUUGUAAAGUGAUUUUAAUUUUACAAUGAUGUCAUUUUUUUUCUCCUUCUGAGAAUGGCUUUUUAUGUGAGCCACUCAAUAAAGUCAGUAUGGACUGAGAA